AUGGAAGAGGCUGUAGAAAUGCAAGGAGCUGGAGAAAUACAAGGAGCUGGAAAUUUGCAUAAUAACAUAAUGGAGAAUGUUACUCAAAACCAACCUUCUUCAUUAACAUCUGGUGUUGGUGCAACUGAUGUUGUUGCCAAUGAAAUUCAUGUUGUUGGACUUCCUCCACUUGGAAAGAAGAGAAAACAAAAUGCUAAUGGUCCUAGGAAAUCCUCUCCUGCUUGGGACCAUUUUAUUAAAUUGCCUAAUGAAAUUGAAGCAGUAGCUGCUUGCAAACACUGUCAUAAGAAAUAUUUGUGUGAUCCAAAAACCCAUGGGACAUCUAACAUGCUUGCUCAUACAAAAGUAUGCACCAAGAUGCCACAAAAUGAUCCUACUCAAACUGCCCUCUCCUUUGCCGGUGGAGAGGGUGGUGGCUUGGUUGCCGCAAGCCAACGAUUUAAUUUGGCAGCUUGUAGGAAGGUUAUUGCUCUCUUUGUGAUCCUAGAUGAACAUGCUUUUAGGGUAGUUGAAGGGGAAGGCUUUAAGUUGUUAUGCAAACAAUUACAACCCCAAUUAACUAUUCCAUCAAGGAGAACUGUGGCGAGGGAUUGUUUUCAACUUUUUGUUGAUGAAAAAGCAAGAUUGAAAGGUUAUUUCAAAUCUGAUUGCAAUAGGGUAGCCUUAACCACUGGUUGUUGGACAUCCAUUCAGAAUCUUAGUUAUAUGACCCUAACUGCACACUUCAUUAACAAUGAUUGGAAGUAUGAAAAUAGGAUUCUAAGUUUUUGUUUAGUUCUUAAUCAUAAGGCUGCUGCUUAUUUGAAGAAGAGGAUUGAUAAUAUGGGUGGUUUAAUGAGUGAUGGAUCUUUCUUUCAUCUUCGUUGUUGUGCACACAUUUUAAAUCUGGUGGUUCGUGAUGGUUUAAAACAGAAUGAUUUAUCCAUUUCUGCCAUUAGAAAUGCUGUUAGAUUUGUUAGGUCAUCACCCCAAAGAUCUACAAAGUUCAAAGAAUGUAUUGAGUUUGCUAGAAUUAAUUGCAAGAAACUUCUCUGUCUAGAUGUUCCGACAAGGUGGAACUCAUGUUAUUUGAUGCUAGAUGCUGCUGAAAAGUAUCAAGCAGCAUUUGAGAAAAUGGAAGGUGAAGAUUUUAGCUAUUUGGAAUUUUUUGGAUUAGUUGGCCCCCCUACUCUUAAUGAUUGGGAGAAUGUUAGGUGUCUAGUAAGUUUUUUCAAAAUUUUCUAUGAUACUAUUAUAGAAUUUUCUUCGUCAAAACAAGUAUCCCUUCAUAAGUCAUUCCACCAACUAGCUUCAAUACAUUGUGAGCUUAAAAGAUCAUCCAUGAACUUGAACACAAUUUUAGCCUCAAUGGGAUAUGAAAUGAAGAAGAAGUAUGACAAAUAUUGGGGGAAAUUGAAAACAUCAACAAAUUUAUUUAUUUUGGUGUGA